GGCAUGCUGUGCGCCGGCCCCGGACGGAAGCCGGAAGCGCCUGCACUUCCGGUUGGCAUCCCACGCGUGGUGCGCGGUCCUGUCUCUCAGGUGAAGCAUGGCUAAAAGCCUGCGGAGUAAGUGGAAGAGGAAGAUGCGGGCCGAGAAGAGAAAGAAGAAUGCGCCAAGGGAGCUCAACAGACUGAAGAGUAUCCUCAGAGUGGACGGGGAUGCUCUAAUGAAAGACGUUGAGGAGAUAGCAACCGUGGUGGUAGCCAAACCUCGCCAGGAGAAAAUGCAGUGCGAGGAAGAGCGGUGUGACGCGGAUGAGGAAAAGGAUGACAUGAAAAUGGAAACUGAAAUUAAGAGAAACAGAAAGACUCUUCUAGACCAGCAUGGCCAGUACCCAGUAUGGAUGAACCAGAGGCAAAGAAAAAGACUGAAGGCCAAGAGAGAAAAGAAACGAGGGAAAAGCAGAGCAAAGGCCGCGAAGGGCCUGGCCUGGUAGACCUUAAAGACUGGCAAGGGAGCCAGGCGUGGUGGUGCACCCCUUUCAUCCCAGCAUUCAAGAGGUGGAGGCAGGUGGAUCUCUGUGAGUUCAAGGCCAGCCUGGUCUACAGAGCAAUUCCAAAGCACCCAGGGCUCCUAUACACAGAGAACCAUGUCUUGAAAAAACAAGCAAACAAACAAAAAACCCAGAAACUUUGUUUUCAGUUUGAACUUAGUUCUGUAAUUCAAACCAAAAUAACUCACUUGUGUUAGAACCUUGAAUAAAAUCUCUUUGGUGAUGCAAGAAUGUUGUGCUGAGGUUGUGAUUGGAUCCUGCCUGGCACUGAGCAUUGUGAGCAUUGAUGUGGUUAUAAUUAUUCGAUGUUACAGAAUGGCCAUUAUGCUCAGUUCCUCAGGUUAAGCAUGCUUAUAUCAAAGCAGUGUGGGCAGAGAGCUGUUACAUUAGCAUAUUCAAAAAUAGGGUGUCAAGGGCCUGAGGAAGAGUCAACUUCUGUUUCUGGUUGGGUGGCUCAAAACCAGCUCCCAAGGAUGCGCCCUCUCGUGGCCGUCACUGGCACCGACAUUCUAUGCACAUCUUCCCACGCACUAAUAACUAAAAUAGUCUUAAAAAGUCCAUCAGUGGAUCUUACAAGUAGGACUUACUUGAAGUGUUUAUUUUUUUAUAAUUCAUAAUAAAUGAUAUUUUGCGUGGA